AUGAUGAGAGGGCGACUUCAUAACCGGGGAAAGAAGGGAUCAUGGAAAGUUGGAACGGCGAUUAGACGCCUAACUGACAUAGCUCAUAACUUGACUCAGGCUAUGACAACCCAGGCAACUCGCCAUAGUGAUCUUGAAAACUUUGGUGACAUUUUUAAGAAGGUGGCAGCUAGUAAGCCACCUACCUAUGUUGGAAAGGAAGACCCUACAAGCCUAGAAAAUUGGAUUAGAGAGUUUGACAAACCGUUUGAUGCUAUCAACUGCCCUGAAGACCUAAAAAUCAAUAAUGAUGUGUACUAUCUAAGGGAAGAAGCUGACUUUUGGUGGUCACAACGAAAGAAAGACUUAAUGGCCAACCCUGAUUUUGAUUGGGAAACCAUGAAAGAAGCCUUAAGAGCCAAGUUUUACCCUCCCUAUCUAAAGAAGCAGAAAUGCCUAGAGUUUACAAACCUUAGAAUGGGGACCAUGACUGUGAAUGAGUAUUACACCAAGUUUAUAGAGCUAAUGAGGUUUGCACCUGAAAUAUUUCCAACUGAAGCCAUGAAAGCUCAAAGGGAACUUGAGGGAAACUCUGCUGAAAAGAGGAAGGUGAAUGGGAAUGGAAACUUCCAAGGGGAUGAGAAGAAACCUAAGUUAAAUGGAGACUUCAACCAUGGAAAGAAUGGAAACUACAACCAAAAUAGGGGAGAGAACCGUGACUUCAACCGAAACGGGAAAGGAAACUUCGGGAAUGGAAGUGCUAGGAAUGGGAAUUUUGGGAAUGCAAAUGGAGAUAAGCCUAAGAGAAACUAUUUCUGCAAAAAGUGCGAGAAGAAUCACCCGGGGAAAGACUGUGAGGGGAACCUAGUUACUUGCUAUUUCUGUAAGAAGCAAGGACAUCGGGAAUUUGAGUGCUACAAGAAGGCAUCUAGAGGAUCAUCAUCUAAUUCCGGCCAGAACGGGAAAGGUCCUUAUUCAAGCCAGCAACCACCAAGCCAACAGGCGGGAACCAGUGGUACUAAGCCAGGAGGUGGGACCAGUACCACCCAACCCAAAGGACGGUUGUUCGUGAUGAAUCAUCGUGAAGCCGAAAAUGUGUCUGAAGUAGUAACUGGUACUUUUUCUAUUUGCGAUUUACCUGCUAAAGUAUUAUUUGAUAGUAGAGCAUCUCAUUCUUUCAUUUCUAGAACUUUAGCAAAGAGUCUAAACUUAGCAAGUCCAGUACAUGUUUCCUUAGAUAUUGCCAUACCUAGUGGGGAAGUUUUGAAUUGUUCUAAGUUGCAUCGUAAUAUUCCUUUAGUCAUUUCGGGGCUAGAAUUUAUGUCAGAUUUCAUAGAGUUUGGGAUGGAAGACUUAGACGUGAUUUUGGGUAUGGAUUGGUUGGGAAGAUACCAAGCCCAAAUUGAUUGUGAAGCCCAAAAAGUGACCUUGGUAGGCCCAGGAGGAACAAGAAUUUCGUAUAGGAAGUUGGGGAAGAAGAAAAAUGGGUUCAAAAUAGUGUCAGCUUUGCAACUCCAAGCUUGUGUGAGAAAGGGGCAUCCAUUAUUCAUGUGUAGCGUUCAACAUUUGGGUGGGGAAGAAGAAGAUGGGAUGAUGAAUAUUCCGGUAGUGAAUGAGUUUUCAGAUGUAUUUCCGGAAGAAAUUCCAGGAAUGCCUCCACUAAGGGAUGUGGAAUUUACUAUUGACCUAGUACCUGGAACUGGCCCAAUCUCAAAGGCACCAUAUAGGAUGGCCCCAGCAGAGCUAGAAGAGUUAAAGAAGCAGUUGGAAGAUUUGUUGGAAAAAGGCUAUAUUCGUCCUAGUGCAUCUCCAUGGGGUGCACCUGUGCUCUUUGUGAAGAAGAAGGAUGGGAGUAUGAGGUUGUGCAUAGAUUAUCGUGAGCUAAAUAAUGUGACAAUCAAGAAUAAGUAUCCACUUUCGACAAUCGAUGACUUGUUUGAUCAGCUAAAAGGGGCAGGAAUAUUUUCAAAGAUUGAUUUGAGGUCAGGGUAUCACCAGUUGAGGAUUGUAGAUGAAGAUAUUGCUAAAACUGCAUUUAGGACGCGUUAUGGUCAUUAUGAAUUCACAGUAAUGCCAUUCGGAUUGACUAACGCACCUGCAGUAUUUAUGGAUUUGAUGCAUAGGAUUUUCAGACCGUUUUUGGAUAAGUCAGUAGUUGUCUUUAUUGAUGAUAUCUUAAUAUAUUUGAAAAAUAAGGAGGACCAUGAGGAUCAUUUGAGGGAAGUUUUGGUGACUUUAAGGGAAAAUCAAUUGUAUGCAAAACUCUCAAAGUGCGAGUUUUGGUUGGAGAAGGUUGCCUUUUUAGGACAUGUGAUAACUAAGGAAGGGGUAUCUGUAGAUCCAGCAAAGAUUCAAGCAGUCAGUUACUAUAGAAGGUUUGUGAAGGACUUCUCAAGGAUUUCAAGGCCUAUGACGAGUUUGAUGAAAAAGGAAAGUAAGUUUGUAUGGACUUCGGAGUGUGGGGAGGCAUUUGCAACGUUGAAGGAAAGGUUGACUUCUAAACCGGUUUUAGCAUUACCGGAUGGGAGUGAAGUUUAUGAGGUGUUCAGUGAUGCUUCGAAGUAUGGUUUGGGUUGUGUUUUGCAACAGAAUAGGAAGGUUAUAGCUUAUGCAUCUAGGCAAUUGAAACCGUAUGAAGUAAAUUAUCCAACACAUGAUCUAGAGUUGGCAGCUAUUGUGUUUGCAUUGAAAAUUUGGAGACACUACCUGUAUGGGGUGACAGUGAAGAUUUUUACGCAUCAUAAGAGUUUGAAAUACAUAUUCACCCAAAAAGAUCUGAAUAUGAGGCAGAGAAGGUGGCUAGAAUUGAUAAAAGACUAUGACUUGGAUAUUCAGUACCAUGAAGGGAAGGCCAAUGUGGUAGCAGAUGCUUUAAUUAGGAAGUCUAGCCAUUCGGUGAAUGCAUUGGUUAUGGAAGAUCAGUUGUGUAUAGACUUCCAGAAGAUGAAUUUGGAAGUUCUGGAGCAUGGAGAAGUGGAAAGGAUGUUGAAUGCUAUUUCGGUGAGACCUUCAAUUUAUGAAGAAAUUCGUGAAAGUCAACCAAGUGAUGAGAAGUUGGUGAAAAUAAGGGAAAAGAUUAUAGAAGGGGAAGUAUUGGACUUUCAGAUCGCUGAGGAUGGAAGUAUUCGUUUCAAAUGA